UUGUUGUUAAUGUCGCUUGUAGCUUAAACAAUUCAUUGAAUACGUUGCUCGCGGGUCGAAAGCCUACUCGACCAACCAUCUUAUUGUGACCAUGGGUGGCGAUUUUACCUACAUGGACGCCCACAUGUGGUACAAAAAUCUGGACAAACUAAUCAGGUAUGCAAAUGCGGAGAGCAACACUACCAAUAUCAAUCUUCUCUAUUCGACGCCAUCUUGUUAUCUGAAGGCUGUGCAUGAUGAUGCGCAGAAGAAGAAAAUCACUUUCCAACCAAAAGCUGAUGAUUUCUUCCCGUAUGCGUCUGAUCCUACGGCAUUCUGGACCGGAUAUUUUACUUCAAAACCAGCGAUCAAACGUUUUGAACGAAUUGGCAAUAAUUAUCUGCAAAUUUGUAAACAGCUCUACACGCUUACAAACCUAGGUCCGGAAGACUGGGCUGAUCUUAAUGUGAUGCGGGAAGCUAUGGGUGUCAUGCAACAUCACGAUGCUAUUACCGGAACAGAAAAAGAUCACGUGGCUAGUGAUUACGCCCGCCUUUUGAGCAAAGGUUUUGAAGAAUGUGACAUAGUAAUGUCCACAGCUUUGAGUAAAUUGGUCGCUGGGAAGAAACAACGUCAACCUAGGGAUGACCAGGAAGAAUGGACACAACCACAACCGGAAAUUGACUUCAGUACCUGCAUGCUAGCGAAUAUAAGUCAGUGUGAAUUUACUGAGAACCAGAAAGAGUUUGUGAUUACCGUUUACAAUCCGCUGAGUCAUGAUAUUGAUCAAUAUGUACGAUUCCCGGUUGUUGAAGAGGGUUUGGAGGUGACAGCUCCGGAUGGUUCUCAAGUAGUGGUACAAAUUGUCCCUGCGCAUAGUGCUGUACUAAAUGUACCAGGCAGGACCAGUGGUGCAAAGUAUGAGGCAAUUUUCCAAGCACUUAAGGUACCCGCAAUGGGUUUCAAAUCAUUCUACGCGCGGGUUGUCAAAAAGAACAUGGUUACCAAAGUGUCCCAAGUAAAGGAUUUCCAAAGUGGAAAUAUCCUCAUCAAAAUUGAUGAAGUCUCCGGAAAAAUCUUCGAGAUCUCUAUGAAUGGUAAAGACGUCCCAUUCAAGAACGACUUUUUCUAUUAUCAUUCCGCGUCUGGGGAUAACCGCAACUAUGAUACCAGGUCUUCUGGUGCGUACAUCUUCCGUCCCAAUGGUACCCUCCAUAACGUCGUGGACAUUGUCAAGAACUCCAUAUAUCAAGGUGCGCUUGUUACCGAACUGCAUCAAGUCUUCAAUGACUGGAUCUCCCAAGUUGUAAGGGUAUACGAAGGUGAAGACCACGUGGAGUUUGAGUGGUUAAUUGGCCCUAUUCCCAUUGAUGACGAAAUUGGUAAAGAAGUAGUGACCAAAUACACAACGCAACUUAAAACUGAGUCCACCUUCUACACUGAUUCGAACGGACGUGAAAUGUUGAAACGUGUGAAGGACUUCCGACCCUCAUGGAAACUAAACCUAACGGAACCAGUUCCCGGAAAUUAUUACCCCGUCACGGCUAAGAUUUUGAUUCGGGAUCCUACCAAUAAUUUGGAGGUGGCAGUAUUAAAUGACCGCGCACAGGGUGGUACUAGUCUCCAAGAUGGCGAAAUUGAAUUGAUGUUGCACCGGAGAUGUCUUCACGAUGACGCGUUUGGUGUUGGCGAAGCUCUGAAUGAAACACAAUUUGAUAAGGGUUUAGUUGUUCGAGGUUCUCACUAUAUUGUCCUGGGUGAAUACAUUAAUCAAGAUGGUUUGGCAGCAUAUGAACGUGAAUUAGCCCAGAAGAAACUCCUCCAAGCAUGGACUUUCUUAUCAUCAACUCAAGGACUUUCCUUCACUGAUUAUAAAGCUAAAUAUGUCAUGAAGUAUUCUGGGUUAACUCAAAGUCUCCCCAAAAACGUCCACAUACUUACUUUGGAACCAUGGAAGGCAAAAUCUCUGCUUCUGCGCUUGGAACACAUCAUGGAGAAAGACGAAGAUACAACCCUAUCUCAGCCUGUUAAAGUUAAUUUGCAGAAUUUGUUCCAACCCUUUAAAAUCCUCUCCUUUAGAGAGACCACUCUAGGUGGUAAUCAAUGGGUGGAACAAAACAAGCGUAUGCAAUUUAAGUCAGGUCCCAUUGCACGUGUUGAAGAUUUUGUUGACUAUUAUACUUCUUACCAGACUACAACCGACGAACUGGAGGAAAAAUGGCGUCGCGGAUCUGCACUAUACAGGAAGAAUCAAAUGGAAAGCAAUGAUAUCAAGAGACCGCCAAGGAAACACGAGGCUAUGGAGUACUACGUCUAUGUUGAUGAUAAGUUUGAUGUUGUGCUCAAUCCAAUGGAGAUACGCACUUUUGUUAUUGAUACCGAUAUGAUUUAGAACUGUGUAGAAUUUUGUAACUUCUGCAAAAUAGAA